UUGAAUAUAACACAUUGCUGUAUUCGAAAACAACAGGAUAAUGACAAGCGUAACUGCGUUGAUCCGUCAUUCUGGUUUUUGGAACGAUCAGAACUGUUUUGUGAAUUACAAAAUUGAUGCUGUUGUAUUCACUGAUAAUUGCAAUUACGAUGAGUUAGUUUCUACGAUUACAAAUCAAUUAGGCGUGGAUACUGUCAGGAAAACUAUUUCAAUAAAAUAUACUGUUGAAGGCGAUUUUCAACCAAUUGAAAUACACAACGAUAUGGGAGUUCGUGUGUACGUUGAGCUUAAGAGAGAAAACAGAGUUUUGGGGAUGUAUCCAAUGUGCGUUAGUAUUCAUGAUUUUGAUGUUGAAGAUGAUGCAACUGGUAAUCGUAUUAUUGGAGAUGAUGUGCUGCAAAUUGGAUAUAGCGAGAAUCGGGAUGGUAUGGAAGUUUGUGAUUCUACAGGAAAGGUUGUUCUUUUGUUUGAGAAUGAUAACAAUUUGGUAAUUUCGAAACCGGAAGCGAAAGGAGUUUUUGUCGAUCAAAUUUACCAGGAUAAGGAAACUUUGAAAAUUGUGAUGACGAAAUAUGCAAUUCGUGGAAGAUUCAAUUUCAAAACAGAGAGAUCGAAUGCUAUAAGCUAUACUCUGGCAUGUUGGUCGCCGGAAUGUAAAUGGAAGUUCAGAGCGUCGAGAAUUGGGGAUUCUGAAAUGUUCAGGGUUAGAUUUUUCGAUGACGAACAUACAUGUCCGUUGAAGGACAAGGUGUAUUCGCAACGACAAGCAACAAGUUGGUUUAUUGGAGAAGCGGUUGUCAAGGCGAAAAUAACUAACCAUAAAAGGAAGGUCACACCUGGGGAUAUAAAAGACGAUGUCAAAAAUGAAUUUGGCGUAGAUGUUUCUUAUAUGAUGGCAUGGAGAGCUAGAGAGAAGGCUAUAAAAGAUUUUAGAGGUGACCCAGCUGAUUCAUACAAGAAGUUGCCGGCGUAUAUAUACAUCCUUGAUAAAACGUAUCCUGGAUCGCUUGUUAAAAUGCAUAAAUCACCAGAAAAUGAGUUUAUGUAUUUGUUUGUAGCACUCAAAGCAUUCAUAAAGGGAUUCGAGUGUUGUAGACCAAUAGUUGUAGUGGAUGGUGCACACCUUAAAUCAACGUAUAAUGGUACAUUUGUGUCGGCAAGUACUUUGGAUGGAGCAGGUAAUAUCCUACCACUAGCGUAUGGUGUGAUAGAUUCUGAGAAUAAUAAGUCCUGGACGUGGUUCUUUGAACUGUUCAAGCAAGCUUAUGGUGUUAGGAAAAAUAUGUGUGUCGUGUCCGACCGACAUGAAAGCAUAAUACACGCAGUUUCUAAGGUGUAUCCUACUGUUCCUCAUUUGGCUUGUAUAUGGCAUUUGUGGAAAAAUGUGACAAAGUAA